AUGGCCGGUAAAAGUGGAACUCCGGCGACUUACUCACCGUCUCCAACAACCGGCAAAACGAAAUCAACACUUUUCAAAGAAGAUUGGAUCCGACCCGAUGGCCGCGGUUUCCACCAGUGUAGACCCGCAUUUUUCAGGACUGGUGCUGUGAAUGCUGCAUCAGGAUCUGCAUAUGCUGAGUUUGGAAACACCAAAGUCAUUGUUUCUGUAUUUGGGCCAAGAGAGAGCAAGAAAGCAAUGUUGUAUAGUGAUUCGGGCCGUCUGAAUUGCAAUGUCAGCUAUACGACAUUUUCAACUCCAGUUCGUGGACAGGGUUCAGACCACAAAGAAUACAGUUCCAUGCUUCAUAAAGCCUUGGAGGGUGCUAUAAUAUUGGAAAGUUUCCCCAAAACCACUGUGGAUGUUUUUGCAUUGGUGCUGGAAUCUAGUGGCAGUGAUCUUCCAGUUGUCAUAUCAGUUGCUAGUCUUGCCUUGGCAGAUGCUGGAAUACUUAUGUAUGACCUUGUGGCCUCAGUUUCCGUGUCAUGUAUAGGUAAGAGCCUUGUCAUUGAUCCUAUUUCGGAGGAGGAAAACUGUCAAGACGGAAGCUUAUUGAUUACGUGCAUGCCUUCUCGCUAUGAAAUCACCCAACUGACAGUUACUGGGGAAUGGUCCACCCCAAAGAUUAAUGAGGGGAUGCAGCUGUGCUUGGAUGCUUGUGCAAAGCUUGCAAAGAUUAUGAGGUCAUGUUUGAAAGAAUCCGCAUCUGAUGCACAGGAUGAAAGCUCUUAA